CAACUUUUCUGUAACUCGUCUAAUCUGUAAUCUGCACGGCUCCACCCCUAUCCCCUUCCUCUCCCCUACCCAAGCAGGCAGGCAGACAUCGCAAUUCUUCAAUUGCCAACCACAGCGCAGUCCAAUGCAGCACUAGAGCCGGCGCAGCCUUUCUUUGGUCCAACCCGAUGCUUGCCUGCCCAAGCACAUCAAGUCCAUGGCCGCAGCGGCAGCCGCCGUCCCCGUGCCCGGGCGGGGGUGGCGGCGCCACGCGCCACGUGGCGCUCGCGGCCAGGAGCAAGCGGCGGGGUGCGGGCCCCGCGGCGGCGGAGGGGGUGGACGAGGCGGCGGCGGAAGCGGCGGAGCUGGUGCGCUCGCUGCUGCGGAGGACGGCGGGCGGCAAGGAGAGGCUGGUGCCGGUGCUGGACCGGCACGUGCGGGUGGUCCGCACCGAGCACUGCUUCCUCCUCUUCGAGGAGCUCGGCCGUCGCGACGCCUGGCUCCAGUGUCUCGAUGUAUUCAGAUGGAUGCAGAAACAACGGUGGUAUGUUGCUGACAACGGCAUCUACUCCAAGUUAAUAUCUGUGAUGGGAAGGAAAGGGCAGAUACGGAUGGCAAUGUGGCUGUUCUCUCAGAUGCGGAACAGCGGGUGCAAGCCUGACACUUCUGUAUAUAACUCCCUUAUCGGCGCACAUCUGCAUUCACGAGACAAGACUAAGGCUUUGGCCAAAGCUCUCGGCUAUUUUGAGAAGAUGAAGUGUAUAGAGAGAUGUCAGCCGACUAUUGUGACAUACAACAUUCUGCUAAGGGCUUUUGCACAGGCUGGUGACACAAAGCAGGUAGACAUGUUGUUCAAGGAUCUGGAUGAAAGUGUAGUAUCGCCUGACGUAUAUACUUACAAUGGGGUGCUUGACGCAUACGGGAAGAAUGGCAUGAUCAAAGAGAUGGAAUCUGUGUUGGUGCGGAUGAAAAGCACGCAAUGCCGUCCAGAUGUGAUCACAUUCAACAUACUCAUAGAUUCAUACGGGAGAAAGCAGACAUUUGAUAAGAUGGAGCAGGUGUUCAAGAGCCUACUGCGGUCAAAGGAGAGGCCUACACACCCGACGUUUAAUUCCAUGAUAACAAAUUAUGGGAGAGCAAGGCUCAGAGAGAAAGCGGAGUCUGUGGUUGAGAAGAUGGAAGAAUUGGGAUUCAAACCAAACUAUGUGACACAGGAAUGCCUCAUCAUAAUGUACGCUCAUUGUGAUUGUGUAUCAAAGGCCCGGCAAGUGUUUGAUGAGCUUGUGACCUCGCAAACCAAAGUGCACCUUUCUUCGUUGAACUCGAUGCUUGAAGCCUACUGCAUGAACGGCUUGCACACAGAAGCAGAUCGGCUGCUGGAUACUGCACUGCAGCAAUGUGUUGUGCCCAAUGGUUCCACCUACAAGCUGCUCUACAAGGCCUACACCAAGGCGAACGAUAAGUUACUAGUGCAGAAGUUGCUCAAGAGAAUGAAUAAACAGGGGAUUGUCCCGAACAAAAAGUUCUUCCUGGACGCUUUGGAAGCAUUUGGCACCUCUGACAGGAAACCCAGGACAUCGCCAGGCAUAAACUCUGCAAGCAAGCCAAGUACAGAUUCUGCUGGUGAUUCAGAAACAGCUACUUCUGACAAACCAGAGGUAAGCGUUUGGCAUGUAGCUGCUACAUAAGGCUGUUGGUUUGAGCAAGCUCGUCGAAUUACCUGACAUCAGGAAGAACACAUUUGAUCUGCACCAGAAACCGUUAAUACAGUGUACUUGGAGCUACAGGAGUUCCUCUACUCCCAACAGGACGCUCCUUUCUUAACGGAAGAAUGCUAAAACCUUUCGUGUUUCGGCAAAAUCUGCUUGUACAUGUACUCUGUUAUCAAACGUAGGUAUUUUGUUUCUAGUCAUUAUUGGGCAUCACAAAAAUUCUGGCUCUCUGUACUCGUCGAUUGUUAUUACAUGCCUGUUCCUUCA